AUAUGGCAAGUUCCUUUGCUUUGAGGACCUUUACUGCACUUGCAGAUCUGCAGCAAAAUAUGGCUAAUCUGAAAAUAAUCGGUAUAGUUAUUGGAAAAACAGAUGUCAAAGGCUUUCCAGACAGAAAAAAUAUUGGAUCCGAAAGAUACACUUUCAGUUUCACCAUUCGUGACUCACCAGCCUGUUUUGUAAAUGCAGCAUGCUGGGGUAAAGAAGAGUACAUCAGGCCACUUUCUGACAGUUUUAGGGUGGGUGACUGCGUGAUAAUAGAAAAUCCCCUGAUCCAAAGAAAGGAAUUAGAAAGAGAAGAAAAGUUCAGCCCAGGAACUCCAAGCAACUAUAAACUAUUGCUCAGUGAGAAUCACUCCAUGGUGAAAGUUUGUUCCAGUUAUGAAGUGGACGCCAAGUUACUUUCUUUGAUACACUUACCUGUUAAAGAGUCUCGUGAUUAUUAUUCAUUGGGUGAUGUCAUUGCAAACGGACACAGCCUUGCUGGGAGGAUUAUUAAUGUGCUUGCAGCUGUGCGAUGGGUUGGAGAGCCUAAACACUUUACAACUUCAGACCGAAGAAGAGGCCAGAGGUGUGAAGUUAAACUCUAUGAUGAAACAGAGCCUGCUUUUACAAUGAUCUGUUGGGAUAAUGAAUCCAUUCUGCUUGCACAGAGCUGGGUGCCACAAGAAACAGUAAUAUUUGCCUCAGAUGUAAGAAUAACUUUUGACAAAUUUCGAGACUGCAUGACAGCAACUGUAAUCUCAAAAACCAUUAUUACGACUAAUCCAGAUACUCCAGAAGCUAACAUCCUACUGAAUUAUAUAAGAGAGAAUAAAGAAACCAAUGUUAUGGCUGAUGAAAUUGACAGUGUUUUUAAAGAACCUGUAAAUUUGAAUUCAAUAGUGGAUGUCUAUACGGUAAAACAACUAAAGGAAAAAGCUUCAAAGAAUGAAGGGAAAGCAGACCCUUUCUAUGGCAUCCUUUAUGCUUUCAUUUCUACCCUCAGCAUUGAUGAUGGAACUACAAGAGUAGUUCGAAAUAGAUGUUCCAGCUGCGGUUAUAUUAUAAAUGAAACAUCCAACACUUGCUUAACUUGCAACAAAGAUUCUUUUCAGUUAAGGCCUGUUUCUCUCAGCUUUGACAUGCUGGUUGAUAUCACUGACCACACGGGAACCCUCCCUUCCUGUAGUCUCUCCGGAAGUGUUGCUGAGGAUACUUUGGGCUGCACGGCACAUCAAUUUCUUGCAAUGACGGAUGAACAGAAAACAGCACUGAAGUGGCAAUUUCUUUUGGAAAGAAGCAAAAUUUAUGUAAAAUUUGUUCUAUCGAGCAGAGCCAGGGGUGGGCUGAGAGUCAGCGUUCUGUCCUGUAAGCGCUCGGACCCUGUGGAGGCGAGCAGGAGCAUGCCUCAGGAAGCACAGCCUUGA